UGUUAUGCACUUUAAAUACAUUUUUGAUUGUUAAAGUGUAUACACACGGUCGAUCUAUAUAAUUGCAUGUAUUUUAAAUGACAAACUUAUUUUUGACAUAUUUUAGCCAAACAAAUAUGUAGAAAAAUUUAACCUUGUUUACUCGAAGAUGGAACUUUAUUCAAAUUUAUUGUCGAAUAUUUUUGGAAUUGGACUUAUAUUCAUAAAUUCUUUUAUUACAGGGGCUGAUGCUGCAUCCUACUGUCCCGUCGAUGCUUACGCCCAGUCCUGUGAGCAUGGCUGUUGUGGAAACGGAUGCUGUGUUAACAAGGUAUCAUUAGCAUUAGGUUUAAUAUUUGGACUAAUCGGUUUAAUACUACUAUGCAGUGGAUUUGCAAUAUGCUUUGUACAAUACUUGUACAGAAGAAAGAAGAAAACAGCCACUAAGGAAAGCUAUGCACAAACUGGAGAUCCAACUAGUGGAACUGUAAUGAAACCUACACCAAUACCACCAAUAUUUUUAAGACACAAGAAAACAGAUGCAGAAAAAAAGAAAAAAGAAGAAGUGAAGAUAUCAUUAGAUAACGUGGACGAGAAAAAAGAAGACAAAGAUACGAAAAAAGCUACAUAAUCAUUCUAAACGAGUCGUUAUAGCAUACAUUAAUUUAUCAGUUCCUUCUAUUUUGAUAAAUUACAACGUAUUCAUUAUCAAAUACUAUAUUUCACAUUUAACAUUUAUAUUUGUAUUAAUAAAUUUCAAAACUUC